AUGUCAUUCUUCUAUAUGCCGUUGCUAAUUCCCAAACGCCAAAUAACAGCGGCCAACACCCGCCUCAACAAAGCCCCGGCCCAAUUCCGCACCCUCGACUACGCCGAACGACACGGCUACAUCCGCGGCGUCGUGAAGCAGAUCGUCCACGACCCAGGCAGAGGAGCACCGCUCGCCAAAGUCUCCUUCCGCCACCCGUACAAGUACAAGGAUGUCAUCGAGACCUUCAUCGCCAACGAGGGCAUGUACACCGGCCAAUUCAUCUAUGCGGGUAAAAAUGCUGCCCUGACGGUCGGGAACAUCCUGCCCCUGGGCUCGGUGCCGGAAGGUACCGUCGUGACCAACGUUGAGGAGAAGAUUGGCGAUCGUGGUGCCCUGGGUCGCACUUCGGGCAACUACGUUACUGUCAUUGGGCAUAACCCCGAGGAAGGGAAGACUCGUGUUAAGCUUCCCAGCGGGGCGAAGAAGGUUGUUAAGAGCCGUGCGAGAGGGAUGGUUGGCAUUGUUGCUGGUGGCGGGCGUACGGAUAAGCCGUUGCUCAAGGCAUCCCGCGCCAAGCACAAGUUCGCCGUCAAGCGCAACUCAUGGCCCAAGACGCGUGGUGUUGCUAUGAACCCCGUCGACCAUCCUCACGGUGGUGGUAACCAUCAACACAUCGGUAAAGCUUCGACAAUCUCCCGGUACGCCUCCGCUGGUCAAAAAGCCGGUCUCAUCGCUGCCCGAAGAACUGGUCUGCUCCGUGGUACCCAGAAGACCAAGGAUUAG